AUGUCCUGGACCCUCCUCAUCCUGACGCCCCCUCCUCUUGAGGGCCGCCUCCUCCCCAGUCCAUCCUGCAGCAUCUCCACUCUGGGCCCUGCCUCCUCCUACUGUCCCUGGACUUCGGCUUCCUACUUCUGUUUGUCAUCUGUGUGGUCAGAUCCCAAAAUGAGGGUCACAGAGGUGGACAGAGAAGACAGAAAUAAGGGGGUGCAGUGGUGUGGUGGUAAGGGUGAGGUGGAAGCUUGCAAAAAAAGGUUGACUGCUCUGGAAGUCAAGGUCCAGAAACAUGAUCGGGAACAGCAAGCAGGAUGGAUGACCAUGUUCCCCCAAGUCCUGCAGCUGGUGACUGACCUGCAAUGUCCUGAUCUUGAGCAGCUGCCCAAGAAGGGUAUUAUCAAGUUUCUGCAGGAACACGGUUCAGAUUCGUUUCUUGCAAAACAUAAAUUAUUAGGAAACAUUAAACGUGUGGCCGAGACAGCUAACAAGGACCACUUGGUUACAGCCUAUAACCAUCUUUUUGAAACUAAGCAUUUUAAGGGUACUGAAAGUAUAAGUAAAGUGAGCAAGUUAAAAAAUGUGAAGCUUAAUGAAGAUAAACCCAAAGAAACCAAGUCUGAAGAGACCCUGGAUAAGGGUCCACCAAAAUAUACUAAAUCUGUUCUGAAAAAGGGAGAUAAAACCAACUUUCCCAAAAGGGGAGAUGUUGUUCACUGCUGGUAUACAGGAACACUACAAGAUGGGACUGUUUUUGAUACUAAUAUUCAAACAAGUGCAAAGAAGAAGAAAAAUGCCAAGCCUUUAAGUUUUAAGGUCAGAGUACGCCAAGUUGUCAGAGGAUGGGGUGAAGCCCUCUUGACUAUGAGUAAAGGAGAAAAGGCUGGACUGGAGAUUGAACCAGAAUGGGCUUAUGGAAAGAAAGGACAGCCUGAUGCCAAAAUUCCACCAAAUGCAAAACCCAUUUUUGAAGUGGAAUUAGUGGAUAUUGAUUGA